CGGCCGACGCGGGGACUCUGCCCCGCCAGCUCUGCGCUCGGGCGCUGGGCCCGUCCCGGCUCGGAGCCGCGCCCAGGCAGUGGCCAUUCGCCAGGCGGCCAUAGCGCGCGCUCCUAGGCCCCGGGACUCACCCAGUCGCUCUCUCUGUCUCCGCGAGGCAUCUUGCUUCGCCCAGGCGCUCGCUGAGGCCGCGUCCCCGUGUUUCAAGCUGCCCUCUCGGAGAGAAGCCCUGGCUGGCCCCCCUCUCGCUCCCGCACUGGCGACACGGCAGCAGCAGUGGCAGCGGCAGGAGGCUGCAGCUAGCGUGUAGGCGGCGUUGUGCGCUGUGCCCCGCCGCCAGCUAGCGCGCAGCUCAGCGCUCACACCCCGCAGUAGCCGCCCCAGCCUCUGCCCCCACCCCCCUCAGAUGUCGCUGCUGCUCAGUGCGCGCAGGGAGCAAGGAGGAGACGGGAAACCCGAGCCGCCGGGCACCAUUGAAUAAAAGCUCUGCAAGUCUGCAAUAAAAAUGGCCUCCAAUAAAACUACAUUGGUUUCUAACCAGGAGUCUGAAGUUGGUGGCACUUGGGAAGGACUAAUUAGGAAAAGGAGCCUCAAGGAUUAUCACAAAAUGGGAAAGAAACAGAAUGGCAAAGGUAAAAAAGUUGAAGAAGCAGAGCCUGAAGAAUUUGUUGUGGAGAAAGUCCUGGACAGACGUGUAGUGAAUGGGAAGGUUGAAUACUUCUUGAAAUGGAAAGGAUUUACAGAUGCUGACAACACAUGGGAGCCUGAAGAAAACUUAGAUUGUCCAGAGUUAAUCGAAGCCUUUCUGAACUCCCAGAAAGCUGGUAAAGAAAAAACAGACGGUGGUAAAAGAAAAUCUUUAUCAGAUAGUGAAUCUGAUGACAGUAAAUCAAAGAAAAAGAGGGAUUCUGUUGAUAAACCAAGGGGAUUUGCAAGAGGUCUUGAUCCUGAGCGGAUAAUUGGAGCCACAGAUAGCAGCGGAGAACUUAUGUUUCUCAUGAAAUGGAAAGACUCGGAUGAGGCAGACUUGGUGCUGGCCAAAGAAGCUAACAUGAAAUGUCCUCAGAUUGUAAUUGCUUUUUAUGAAGAGCGACUAACUUGGCAUUCGUGUCCGGAAGAUGAAGCACAAUAAUCAUUUACAUUGCUUUUUUAUAUAUAUAUGAAUAUUAAAACCUGGAUUUUGAUUUUAUUCUUUGAUUUAUUAGCAAUGUGAGAAACCUCUACAUUCUAAUGAGAAUUGAGUUUGAUAUGUUUGUUUUUUGAAGUAGUGUGUUUUGCAUCAACAGCAAGUAAAUAAAGGCUUUCUGCAACUGGCUUCAUUAAUGACAGGACAGCAUUUGAUACAAUUUCCUCCAUCUUC